GUCGAAUCCGGCGGCGACGCCUUUAGGGAGCCCGCGAGGGGGCGCGUGUUGGCAGCCCAGCUGUGAGUUGCCCAAGACCCGCUGGGGGGCGGGGUCUCGCUCCCCGCGCCACGAGGCUCGGCCAAUGGGAACGCGCGCUGCGAGGCCCGCCGGUCUGCCCUGCGGUGCUGAAAACCCGGCGCUUAGGCGGCUGGCUCUGGGCGCGCGCCAGCAAAUCCACUCCUGGAGCCCGCGGACCCCGAGCACGCGCCUGACAGCCCCUGCUGGGCCGGCGCGCGGCGUCGCCAGGCCAGCUAUGGCCCCCGACCCGGUGGCCGCCGAGACCGCGGCUCAGGGACCUACCCCGCGCUACUUCACCUGGGACGAGGUGGCCCAGCGCUCAGGGUGCGAGGAGCGGUGGCUAGUGAUCGACCGUAAGGUGUACAACAUCAGCGAGUUCACCCGCCGGCAUCCAGGGGGCUCCCGGGUCAUCAGCCACUACGCCGGGCAGGAUGCCACGGAUCCCUUUGUGGCCUUCCACAUCAACAAGGGCCUUGUGAAGAAGUAUAUGAACUCUCUCCUGAUUGGAGAACUGUCUCCAGAGCAGCCCAGCUUUGAGCCCACCAAGAAUAAAGAGCUGACAGAUGAGUUCCGGGAGCUGCGGGCCACAGUGGAGCGGAUGGGGCUCAUGAAGGCCAACCAUGUCUUCUUCCUGCUGUACCUGCUGCACAUCUUGCUGCUGGAUGGUGCAGCCUGGCUCACCCUUUGGGUCUUUGGGACGUCCUUUUUGCCCUUCCUCCUCUGUGCGGUGCUGCUCAGUGCAGUUCAGGCCCAGGCUGGCUGGCUGCAGCAUGACUUUGGGCACCUGUCGGUCUUCAGCACCUCAAAGUGGAACCAUCUGCUACAUCAUUUUGUGAUUGGCCACCUGAAGGGGGCCCCCGCCAGUUGGUGGAACCACAUGCACUUCCAGCACCAUGCCAAGCCCAACUGCUUCCGCAAAGACCCAGACAUCAACAUGCAUCCCUUCUUCUUUGCCUUGGGGAAGAUCCUCUCUGUGGAGCUUGGGAAACAGAAGAAAAAAUAUAUGCCGUACAACCACCAGCACAAAUACUUCUUCCUAAUUGGGCCCCCAGCCUUGCUGCCUCUCUACUUCCAGUGGUAUAUUUUCUAUUUUGUUAUCCAGCGAAAGAAGUGGGUGGACUUGGCCUGGAUGAUUACCUUCUACGUCCGCUUCUUCCUCACUUAUGUGCCACUAUUGGGGCUGAAAGCCUUCCUGGGCCUUUUCUUCAUAGUCAGGUUCCUGGAAAGCAACUGGUUUGUGUGGGUGACACAGAUGAACCAUAUUCCCAUGCACAUUGAUCAUGACCGGAACAUGGACUGGGUUUCCACCCAGCUCCAGGCCACAUGCAAUGUCCACAAGUCUGCCUUCAAUGACUGGUUCAGUGGACACCUCAACUUCCAGAUUGAGCACCAUCUUUUUCCCACGAUGCCUCGACACAAUUACCACAAAGUGGCUCCCCUGGUGCAGUCCUUGUGUGCCAAGCAUGGCAUAGAGUACCAGUCCAAGCCCCUGCUGUCAGCCUUCGCCGACAUCAUCCACUCACUAAAGGAGUCAGGGCAGCUCUGGCUAGAUGCCUAUCUUCACCAAUAACAACAGCCACCCUGCCCAGUCUGGAAGAAGAGGAGGAAGACUCUGGAGCCAAAGCAGAGGGGAGCUUGAGGGACAAUGCCACUAUAGUUUAAUACUCAGAGGGGGUUGGGUUUGGGGACAUAAAGCCUCUGACUCAAACUCCUCCCUUUUAUCUUCUAGCCACAGUUCUAAGACCCAAAGUGGGGGGGGUGGACACAGAAGUCCCUAGGAGGGAAGGAGCUGUUGGGGCAGGGGUGUAAAUUAUUUCCUUUUUCUAGUUUGGCACAUGCAGGUAGUUGAACAGAGAGAACCAGGAGGGUAACAGAAGAGGAGGGACCUACUGAACCCAGAGUCAGGAAGAGAUUUAACACUAAAAUUCCACUCAUGCCGGGCGUGGUGGCUCACGCCUGUAAUCCCAGCACUUUGGGAGGCCGAGGCAGGCGGAUCACGAGGUCAGGAGUUCGAGACCAGCCUGACCAACAUAGUGAAACCCCGUCUCUACUAAAAAUAGAAAAAUUAGCUGGGCCUUGUGGCGCGCGCCUGUAAUCCCAGCUACCCAGGAGGCUGAGGCAGGAGAAUCGCUUGAACCGGGGAGGUGGAGGUUGCAGUGAGCUGAGAUCACGCCAUUGUACUCCAGCCUGGGCGACAGAGCAAGACUCCAUUUCAAAAAAAAAAAAAAAAUCCACUCAUAUAAAAGGUGAGCUCAGCUCACUGGUCCACUUCUCAGUGCCUUCUCCAUCCUCAUUUGCAAACCUCAGAGGGAUAAGGCAGUUGAACCUGAUGAGCAAGAAUUAUAACAGCAAGGAAACAUUAAUGCUUAGAAUUCUGAGAUCCAGCACAACUCAGUCUGUGGGAGCUCAGCUCGCUGCCCAGGGAUAGGUAUGACCUAUGUCUGCCUUAGGCUGCUGGGAGAUGCCAUUCUCCAGUUUCAGAAGCAGGCAGGGCAAAGGUCAAGACUGUGGUAUUGGGGUCUUUUGGCUCUGAAGGAUCCUGGAACCACUGAUUUUGGUUUAUUCCCUCCAGGGUCUAAUGAGAAUAAGAGGUGCUAGCUCUUACCAAAACAGAUGGUAGAGAGAGUUGCUGGCUAUUUAAAAAGCUCUUUCAUCUUUUAAUUCACCUCUUCUUUUCACCUCUUUAACCACUCCUCAGGAACAGAACACUUCUAGGACUGGGGGUCUUUUAGCUCCAUAAGCAAGUGAGCAGAUGGGACAAGUCAGUCUUUUCUCCCUAGAAACAAAGGGGAUGCCCAGUGGUUUCCCUUUGCUUCCCAACCUAAAAUUUCAAGUUUAAUAAAAUAGCAAUUAGCAGAAGUGACCAAAUUGGGAGAUAAUUAUCAUGAGGAAAGACAGAUUUCGGUCAUAAAGAAUGUAAGGGCUAUAAGUAGAAACUUUCUAUAACCUAAAUGAUGUUAUAGAAUUAUUUUUGAGCAGGAGCAGAAAGAUUAAAUAUGAUCACUUCAUACUUCUAAAUCAGAAAUAGGAAGAUUAAAACCACAGAACAGUUUGUGAUUUCUAUUGCUGUAGCUAGGUAUCUUACUCUGUCCACUCUUGUUCAAGUAUCUAACUCUUCUGGAAACCAAACAGGCUUUAGAAGAGAUUAUCCUAUAUUCCUAUCAGUAUAAUACUAAAAUGUAACUUUUUAAUCAUCUGGUUUUUAAAAGAUAAACAGUUUAGCCCAUCUCUCCAGAGAGCAAACAUAGGAAUAUGACUCAGGAGCCUCCUAGGGCUUAUCAUCAGCCCUCACACCCGCUUCCCCCUCCAACCCACAGCCUUUGCUUCCAGGUGGCAGGAUUACUACUUUGCCUCUUCAGCAGCAUCUACUCUAGGCAUAUUGAUCAUUUUAGACACUGAGAGAAGAGAACCUCAAACUAGGAGGAAAAGACAGAGCUUCCACUUAGUUUUGGGAGGGGAUGGCAGACAGUCAAGGAGAUGAGCGUCCUAAGGCAUGUUGGGAUAGGGUAAGAUGCACCACCCAUAGAGAGGUUUGUCAACACAAAGACAUGGAAGGUUAGAGGUUUGUCAACAAAAAGAUAUGGAAGGUUAGGCUUGUCAACACAAAGACAUGGAAGAUUAGAGGUUUGUCAACACAAAGACACAGGAAGAAUGGGCUGCAGAAGAUUUAGAUGUUUUCCAUUUGGGCACAUUUUACUUAGCUGGAGAACUAGGUUUAAAACAGCCUGGGUAGGAAAAUUAGAAGCAAGCUGGAUGCAGUGGCUCAUGCCUGUAAUCCCAACACUUUUGGGAGGUCCAGGCAGGAGGAUCACUUGGGCCCAGGAGGUCAAGCCUGCAGCGAGCUGAGAUCACACCACUGCACUCCAGCCUGGGGUGAUAGAACAAGACCCUGUCUCAAAAAAAAAAAACAAAAACUUAGAAUUGAGGAGUUGUACCUCCAUUGGCUUCCUCACUCCAAAAUAGGUGCUGAUCCUUCCUAUUCCUAUUCUUUGCCACCUUUUGGGUGUGGUGUCACCAGCCUGUUUAGCCAAGUAGCUUUGGGCAUAGGCUGCCCAAUCUGAGCAAACACCAGUGAGGCUCUAUUGAGCCAAGACCAGGUCCUCAAAGCACCUGAACCACUGUGGCCUUCUCAGCCUACAGCAGUGUGGUCUCUUACAUGGCCACAAAGGGACACACAGUGAGAAAAGGCUCGGAAUGUUACAAUGGUAAAAUGAGUGAUCUCAAAUCCACUGACAGAUAUAAAAUAGGCUUAGAGAGGAAAAGCUGCCUCUGGUCAAGUAGAUCAUGGCAGCAUGAAUUCCAACUCACUUUUUUACAACUCCAACUUCUAUGUUUAUCUUUGUUACUUUCACUUUUUUACAACCUGGCCAGAGGCAUUUUUUAAAUCAGGCCCAAUAUCAGUAUCCUCUUUGUGUGUGCCAAUUUUGUUAUCACAUCCCUAUGAAGUUGAAAAAUAAAGUUAAUUUUGACCAAAAGA